CAGCGAAGAAGACUGCAGAGCCGCCAUUGAUGCCUCCGCCAGCCAAAGCAAAUUUCUUCUCUCUCUCUCUCUCUACGCAUUAUCGCGACAGUUUCUCUCUCUAGCGAUCCGUCUCCUCCAGCUCGACUGCGCCACCUCUCGAUCCAUCCCCGCCUCUCUCUCCAACUCGACUAGGCUGGUUGCGGUUCUGGAAUAGGGUUUGCGGCAUUUGCGAAGUUCAGUUGGAGGAGAAAGAAGGAUCGCCAUGCGAACUGAGCUUGGGAAUUUGAAAUUGAAAGUGUAGGUUGUGUACCAUUGGUGGCCUGUGCUUGGAGGACGCGUUGGUGGAUCAGAACAUUGCCAUGGCCGAGUCGGUGCCGAUUUACUUCAGCAUCAUCGCAUUCUUUUGCACAGUGGGGGCCAUUGCUUUGGCCAUUCUUCACAUCUACAGGCACCUAAUUAACUAUACAGAGCCCAUCUACCAGAGAUAUAUUGUCCGGAUCAUCUUUAUGGUUCCCGUAUAUGCUUUGAUGUCCUUCUUGUCUCUGGUUUUACCUGGGAGUUCAAUAUAUUUCAACUCCUUUCGGGAAGUAUAUGAAGCCUGGGUUAUUUACAACUUUCUGUCUCUGUGCCUUGCAUGGGUUGGUGGGCCAGGAGCUGUGGUUCUGAGCUUAAGUGGUCGUGUUCUCAAACCGUCCUUGUUUUUAAUGACAUGCUGUUUUCCUCCCUUGCCACUGGAUGGACGUUUCAUACGUAGAUGCAAGCAAGGAUGCUUACAGUUUGUAAUACUGAAGCCCAUUUUGGUUGUUGUUACCCUUGUCCUCUAUGCUCAAGGAAAAUAUCAUGAUGGAAAUUUUGAUCCUCGACAAUCAUACCUGUAUCUCACUAUCAUCUACACUGUAUCAUACACGAUGGCUCUUUAUGCUUUGGCACUGUUUUACGUGGCAUGUAGAGAUCUACUCCAGCCAUUCAAUCCUGUUCCGAAGUUUAUCAUCAUCAAGUCUGUUGUCUUUUUAACUUAUUGGCAGGGUGUCUUGGUUUUUCUUGCUGCAAAGUCAGGCCUUAUAAAAAAUGCAGAGGAAGCUGCUCGGUUUCAGGAUUUUAUAAUAUGUGUUGAGAUGCUAAUUGCUGCCAUUGGUCACCUUUAUGCUUUUCCAUACAGAGAGUAUGCAGGUGCAAAUAUCAGCGGCUCUAAUAGUUUCAUGGGGAACCUUGGCCAUGCUUUGAAAUUAACUGAUUUUUACCAUGACACCGUCCACCAGUUUGCGCCAACAUAUCAUGAAUAUGUCCUUUAUAAUCAUAGCGAGGGUGAAGAGGGCGCGAAGAAGUAUCGAUCACGCACAUUUGUGCCAACAGGCCAGGAAAUGGAUACUGUAAGAAGAAACAAACAUGUGCUUGGAAACAAGAUGGAUGAACUGCAGCUCUCAAGUUCUUCUGGUGAAAGCACGCCCAGGAAUCACCCCUCUGUGCCUGAUUCAACAAAUUCCGAAGCCAUGAAUGCACAAUCUUCCCCUCUUGUUGACCUCUCAGUCUCGUCAUCUACACCAUACGACAUGACACUUAUCGAUUUAGACAUGUCUAACUAUCCAGCUGAAGUUCCAGCAGCUAAUGAUGGGCAGAAAAGGUGACAAGAAAAAUUGCCGCAUCUUCACUUAAUGGAUUUAAUUGCCCUUAACAUAAAGGGAUAAAUACGAAAGAGUAACAUGGGUCGAUGGAGACAGAUAUUGCCUUUUAUUUUUAGGAAACCAAUGCUCGUGUCAUCAUAUCCUUCAAGGUACUCAUUGAGUAUUGGGCUUCCUGUUGGAAUCUUGUUUAGUGACGGGCUUGUCCAGUGUACAUUGUAGUUAAAGAUUUCUCAAACUUUUACAAACUCACAGUGUUCAACUUGUAAUUCAGUGUCACAAUAGAUUCUUGGCUUCCAUGUGUUCUAGUUUUGGCGUGGGAGUGAGCACAUGUGAUUACCAUGGUCUAAAUUGGAGUAUGCAUUGGUUUGUACAUGAAUCUGCAGUUAAUUCUAUUGGUAUGUGAUUUUUUCAUUGUGCGCCAUA